UAUUGAUAUACGGCCUGACCCGAGUGUAUCGACUAUACUAUCCUAUUGAUCACCCUAGUUCGAUCACUCCAUACGACAAUCACGCCUCCUGGGAACAGACGAGGAAUUUGAGGAGAAAGUCUGGAAGAUCAAGGGAUUAUAUUCUACAGGAACGACUCACACCCCGCUGGACAACAACUUCACCAAUUCAUCUCAUGGUAACCCUUCAAGGUGGCCCAUCAUGGUGACGGACGGUGACCAGUCAUUGCGUUCCAGCGUUCACGUAGCACCGCUGUCCAUCAACAAGGACAGGUCUCGUGGAUCGAGCAACGUCUCCAGUCACAGGAGGAAUUUGUCCUCGCGGAGCAGCAACCGGACAGGAGAUUCGAGGAGCAGUCAAUCACAGAUGACGCCUCCAGCAACACCAAAUGGCUCGCAGGAGGACCUCCGUCAACAUAUAGAACCGCAGCAGCCCGUCUUCCACAACUUCCUCCGCGCGUUCUACCCUUUUCACCCCACCUACGCCGUCUCAGAUACCACAGUCACGCUACCGUUGAACGAGGGGGACGUAAUUUUAGUUCAUUCGAUACAUACGAAUGGUUGGGCAGAUGGAACCCUCCUCGUAUCAGGCGCCCGAGGUUGGCUGCCGACAAAUUAUUGUGAAGCUUACGAUCCUGAUUACAUGAGGAAUCUUCUGAAGGCGUUGCUGAAUUUCUGGGAUCUUUUACGAAGUCCCAUGACACGCGAUAGCGAGCUGUUUGCCAACCAAGAGUUCAUGCGGGGCAUCAUUGCAGGUGUUCGAUACUUAUUAGAAAGAUCGAACUGCUUGACACGAGAAUCAAACCUUGUUCAGAGCAAUGAUGGCUUACGUAGGAAUAGAAAGGCGCUGUUGUCGGAUCUUUCAGCUCUGGUCAAGACCGCCAAACGAUUACAAGAAUACACCGUUGUCCAUCACCAUCAAACGAAUGAAGACGAGGUUAACAGUACGAUUGAUGAGAUGAUACUGAAAGCGUUCAAAAUUGUCACCCGGGGCGUUAGAUUUCUCGAUGUCCUCGAAGAUGACAUCCGAUCACGGCAACAGCCAGUUCACCGAGCGAUGGCGACCGUGGCCGAAGAAAUCUAUAAUCCUCCAACGCCUCCAGCAGACUCGACGUCAUUCGGGGGAACACAACAGGUAGACCCUGCGUAUGAGGCGGCAUCUCGCAGGAGCUCGAGUCACAGUUCGGCAAGCGGCUUGUCAAAUUUGCACGAGCAAACAAAAAGACAAUCACAGUCGUACAAACGAAUGUCGACCCCUUUUCCUAACAAUUCUUCCUCAUCACGACCUUUGUCAAGCGCACGUCCAACCUCGGCACACGUCAAAAGACAAUCGAUUUCACAUCGGUUGUCUGCGUCAAUUCCAGCUGCGCAGCGACAAAACCUCGUGUCGGAGAAGCUCAACGCCAGUCAUGAUCUCUUCCUGUCACACCUGGCCUCGGUUAUCGGUCGAUACAACCUUCAAUCGCAAUCAUCAGCAGAACUCAUCUUGUCAGUGCGACAGUCUGUAACUGCCGGGCGCGAAACGUUACUUGUGGUCGAGGCGAUCUGCGCACAUGAUCUUCAGAGCGCUGAAGCUUUGGAUCCAGCGCGGAACACGAUGUACAACCGGAUCAACAAGUUGGUGAACGCGGCGAGGGAUAUCAUCACGGCUGCGGGGAUGGAAGAGGAGGACGUCGUGAUGCCUCAACAAAACGGACGUCUCUUGACGGCGGCGACGGAAUGCGUGAAAGCUGCUGGGGAGUGUGUGGCGAAGACCAGGUUCGUCAUUGAGCGAAUCGGAGAUUUCGAGUUCGAGCCGCAAGCCGAUGGCCUUGGUAUUGAUAUAGCGUCGAUUGGCGUUGCGUCUAUCGAACAGACUAAACCAUCCUUAGAAGAAGUCGCACCUCAAUCACCCACACCUCAAGAACCCGCCAGUCGACCUCCCCCUCCCCCGCUUGUCAUUCCGAGUUACGAGAAACCGCUCCCUGAGGUACCGCUAGGUUCGACGCCGAUUGAUGAAGAUACUACGCGAGUAUCACCAGGAGGUCUCGAGCCGGUGGUUGAAGAUGAACCAAUCGAGAUGGCUUCGGAAGAUACCAAGCGAUCCUCGAGGAGGUCGCUGUUGCCGCCGCUCCCGAAGAUGACGAGCCCUCUGUUAACCCAGGACGACUACAGCCCUUCGGAACAAUCAGUCAACGAAGGUGAAUUCCAGCCGUCUUUCCGAUCUGGAAGCAUCGCGAUAUCAACAUCCGGAACAAGCAGCACCUAUCUCAGUAGCAUGCGCGACUCGGAGUCGAGUAUCAUUUCGCAAACAUCGACGCGAGCCACAACUCCCGAUAACUCGGUAUACGUUCCAAGGAAUCAACCAUCCAUUUCAGAUUUAAGCAUGAGUGGCAGCCAGUCGACGCUUGCCGACGAUGCCGACGAAGGUGAAUCGAAGAUGUUGGAGAAGACAUUUGCGCAUGAGUUACUACACAAGGAAGGACAGAUUACCGGUGGUACACUUCCAGCGCUGGUUGAGAGACUUACGACACACGAUUCGACACCCGACUCGAUGUUUGUUUCGACCUUUUACCUCACCUUCCGAUUAUUCGUCACACCGGUGGAGUUGGCGAAAGCUUUGGUAGAUCGAUUUGACUAUGUUGCAGAGAGCCCUCACAUCGCUGGCCCCGUGCGGUUACGAGUAUACAAUAUCUUCAAGGGGUGGCUGGAAUCUCAUUGGCGGGAUCUCUCAGAUCACGAGGCCUUGGCCGUGAUUGAACCCUUUGCGCAAGACCAGCUCGGCAGAGUUCUACCUGCUACUGGAAAGAGAUUAUUGGAGUUGGCUCAGAAAGUUUCUUCCGCUAAUGGUCCUCUGGUCCCACGACUGAUAUCCUCGAUGGGCAAGACAUCGACAUCAAUCGCACAAUACAUCCCUGCUGAUACUCCAUUGCCACCUGCGGUCAUCAGCAAGAGCCAAAUGGGUCUGUUGAAGAAUUGGAAGAUGGGCGGAAGCAACCCUACAAUCCUCGAAUUCGAUCCCCUUGAAUUGGCACGGCAAUUGACGAUCAAGGAGAUGAACAUCUUCUGCUUAAUCAUGCCUGAAGAGCUUCUUGGCUCUGAAUGGACGAAGCGAUCAGGGUCGAAUGCGGUCAACGUUCGAGCAAUGUCAACCCUUUCAACGGAUCUCUCCAACUUAGUUGCAGAUACCAUCCUUCAAUACGACGAUGCCAAGAAGCGAGCAAUCAUCAUCAAGCAUUGGAUCAAGAUCGCACACAAAUGUUUGGAACUCAACAACUACGACUCCCUGAUGGCUAUCAUCUGCUCCCUGAAUUCAUCCACCAUCGUCCGACUGAAGCGUACUUGGGAUGCCGUCUCACAGAAGCGACGGGACAUGCUCAAGGGUCUCCAAGCGAUCGUCGAGCCCGACAAGAACUAUGCCGUCCUCCGGCGAAGACUCCACGACCACGUGCCCCCUUGCCUCCCUUUCGUCGGCACCUACCUCACCGAUUUGACCUUUGUCGACGCCGGCAAUCCGGCCACCAAACAACUCCCUGGCCUGGGCGACUGCGAAGGUAUGUCCGUCAUCAAUUUUGACAAGCAUACCCGCACCGCCAAGAUCAUCGGCGAGCUCCAGCGCUUCCAGAUCCCGUAUCGUCUCACCGAGGUCCCGGAACUCCAAGAGUGGAUCCAGGCCCAGAUUGUGCGUGUCAAGUCGAGCUCGGAGAACGAGAACGUGCAGCAGUACUAUCGUAAGUCUCUACUCCUGGAGCCGAGAGAGAAUCUGCACCCGAAGCCAAGCCCCAUCGAUGCACAAAAUGGAUGGUCAGCAGGCCAGAAGGAGAAAUUUGAUAUAUUUGCCUGGACGCACUCGAGGGACAAGGAGCGCAGCGGAAGUGUGUCGGCGACACCGAUUUGAUGGAAUGGAACGAAAACCAUCCUUUGCAAUUGAACACCUCACCCCCUCUUACGACAGAACAAUGGUUCUUAUGUUACGGCAUUAACUACGAACGAUCGAUUUGAUACCCCUCUUUGAAUAGCGUUUUAGCGAU